GAGGAUGCCGAAGCAGCUGCGAGAGAGAGAGAGAGAGAGAGAGAGAGUAGCCUUUCCUUCCUGAGUUCCCAUGACUGGGUUGUGCGUCAAUAAUAUUAUCAUAGAUAGAUAGAGUCAGAGCCUCCCUCCCCACUGACGCUGACUCCUUAGAUAUCGCUCACCACUAAGCUCCAACGAGAAAGAAAGACCUCCAUUUCUCUUUCCUUCAUGUCAACUUCCAUGGCCAUUGGUAUCCCAUUCCCACCCACCAGAACGUAACAGUGUGUCCUUCUCCUCUGUUUCUCCUGCCUUCCUUCCUCGCAUCAAAGGCCACCCGACGACACGCUAAAGCUCGGUCUUUUCUUCUCUUCACUCGGUAUUGUAUUGAAUUGUAUCGUAUUGUAUUCCCCGUCCAACACGAACCCACUUCGGCUGAAGUUGAACCAUCUUCAUGUCUCCUCCGCUUGCCCUGUUCGUCUCCAUAUUCUCUGUUCCUCGAGCUUGAAACUCCCAGACAAAUUUCUGCCGCUGGCCAAGAUUUUUUUAGCUCCGUUGAGUUUGAUUUGAUGGAAGAAAGAAGUUACCCGGAGCUCGUCUCGGAGCUGGAGGCUUUGGUCGAUGCCGUCGCGUCGCUUGCAAAGAGCUUCGAAACGGAGAGAGAAGCUCUCUCUGACUUCUCCCUGCUGGUAGAGAGAUUCGCCCCGAUAUUGGCCGAUUUACGAGACGUUGAUAAGGCGAAGGACACGGUUCCUAUCAGGAAGGGAAUCGAAUGCCUCGGCAAAGAAUUUCGGAAAGCCGAGGCUCUGCUGGGAUCCGAUUCGAGGACCUCGGCCAAGCAGCUCGAGGACUUGGUUCACGAUCUCGGGAGGUCACUCGGGCUCGUCCUCUUCGCAAGCCUCGAUGACGUCUCGUCUGACACAAAAGGGAAGAUAGGGGCAUUGCACAAGGAGCUGAUGGGCGCGAGUUUUGGUGCUAGUCGGGUCACGAGUGCAAGCAUAAGCAGCAACUUGAGGCUCGGGAGUGAAUCGGAAACAGAGCUGGAGGAGGAAGGUGACCGGAUUCUUGUGGAGGAGGAAAGGAUCAGUCUCGAUACGGAUGAUGUGGCGUUGAAGCUCAAAUACGGUGAUGACGAUGAGCUCAGACGUUCUCUCUUAGGUCUGCAAGGUUUGGUCAGUGGGAAGUUGGUGACUUGGGAGUGGAUCAAUGAUCAAGCUGUUGUCUCGAUUCUGAUUAGCCGGUUGAGUUCCUGCAGUUCGUGUAAACCCGACAUUCGCCUCGCAAUGAUUCGGAUCCUGAGAACCCUUGCAUCGGAAAAUGUCGAAAGCAAGGAGAAAAUGGCAGAUUCCAGUUCGUUAUCUGUGCUGGUGAGAUCUUUAGCGCGGGAUGCAGAGGAACGGAGGGAAGCUGUUGGGCUCUUACUCCAUCUCUCGGACCAUCCCACAGUGAGGAGGCAAGUCGGGCGAAUCCAAGGUUGUAUAGUUAUGCUUGUGGCAAUACUCAAUGGGGAAGACUCGAUUGCUUCUUGUGAUGCAGCGAAGAUGUUGAAUGCUCUGUCGGGCAAUGCCCAGAAUGCACUUCAUAUGGCAGAAGCUGGAUACUUCAAGCCACUAGUUCAAUACCUAAAAGAAGGUUUCCCUUCUUCAGGUUCAGACAUGAGCAAGAUUCUCAUGGCCACUGCCCUUUCAAGGAUGGAGCUCACUGAUCAAAGCAAAGCUUCUCUCGGGGAAGAUGGGGCGAUCGGUCCUUUAGUCAAGAUGUUCAAUGCAGGAAAGCUCGAGGCUAAGUUAUCUGCUCUCAACGCAUUGCAGAACUUGUCAAGCUUGACUGAAAACAUACAACGACUUGUCACUUCGGGUAUUGUGGCACCUCUGCUUCAGCUGCUUUUCUCCGUAACUUCGGUCCUCAUGACUCUCCGAGAGCCUGCCUCUGCCAUUCUUGCAAGAAUCGCACAGUCUGAGACUGCCCUCGUUAACCCGGAAGUUGCUCGACAGAUGCUCUCGCUCUUGAAUUUCUCAAGCCCGGUAAUUCAAUGUCACCUCCUGCAGGCUCUCAAUAGCAUCUCAGGGCAUCCCGGUGCUUCCAGGAUCAGGAGAAAGAUGAAGGAAAACGGCGCAAUUCAGCUUCUCCUGCCCUUCCUGACUGAAAGCAGCACCAAGAUAAGGACCGGAGCAUUGGAGUUGCUUUACACUCUUUCCAGAGACUCGCCUGAUGAGUUAACGGAAGAGGUUGGGGAAUCUCAUAUAAAUACUGUUAUCCAGAUUCUAUCUUCAUCAAUGUCUGAGAACGAAAAGGCUGCUGCUGUUGGUUUACUUGGGAAUCUCCCGAUCAGCGAUAAGAAAGCCACAGAUAUGCUAAAGAGGGCAGAUUUGCUUCCGAUCCUCAUCUCGGAGUUGGCUUCUGUUGCUGCAACUUUGACCUCUUCCGGGACCACAGAGUCUGCUUUAGCCGAGAACAUUGCCGGUGUAUUGAUCCGGUUCACGAUUCCAUCCAAUAAGAAGCUGCAGCUUCUAGCAGCUGAACAUGGGGUUGUUCCGUUGCUUGUGAAGCUGUUGUCCUGCGGGUCCACUCUGGCAAAAUCUCGAGCUGCCAUUUCACUGGCUCAGCUAUCGCAGAACUCGCCGUCCCUCAGUAAAUCAAGAAAGCCGAGGUGGCUCUGUGUGGCCCCUUCUUCAGCCUCGUUCUGCGAGGUUCACGAUGGUUACUGCUUCAUUAAGAAAACGUUCUGCUUGGUAAAAGCUGGGUCUAUCCCUCCAAUGAUCCAAAUCUUGGAAGGGAAAGACAUAGGGGCCGACGAAGGAGUUCUGGAGGCGCUUAUGACUCUCAUGCAGGAUGAGAUUUGGGAGAGCGGAAGCAAUUACUUGGCCAAAACCUCAGGUUGCAUCCCGGCGAUAAUAAAGGUUUUAGAGUCCGGAACCGCAAAAGCCCAUGAGAGAGCUCUAUCAAUCCUGGAGAGGGUCUUUAGGAUCGAUGAGCACAAGAGGCAGUUUGGGGAAUCUGCUCAGGGCGUUCUCGUCGAUUUGGCCCAGAGCGGGGAUCCUCGACUGAAAUCGACAGUUGCAAGAUUACUGGCUCAGCUUGAGCUCCUGCAAGUUCAAUCCAGUUACUUCUGAGACAAACAGACUUCGUAAUUUUUCGGUGUGUAACUCUUUUUCCAUGUACAUCUGUACAAUGUCCUGCUUUGCUUUCUCCACGGUAAAUGGGGACACAGAUACUCUUGUUCAGACAGAAACUCGGUGUGACAGAAUAUUCAAUAAAUCCAAGAUUAUUGGUUGGUUUGUUCUUA